AUGCUGCAGCUGGGGGAACAAAUCACCCUGUACUCGGUCGUCUUCGUGGUGGUCCUGCUGGGCACUCGGAGCGCGGUGUGGUCAACCGUCCUCGCCGUCUCCCUAUACAUGUUUCUGGCCAUGUUCCGGUUCCCUCAAGUACCGGCCAGUCGAGUCCAGCAGGUGCUGCACCCAGCAGGUGCGGGCAGCAAGGUGUCUGUGGUCGCUCACCGCGGUGGUGGGCACGACGCCCCGGAGAACACGAUAGCUUCCAUCCGGGAGGCCAGUAAAAAUGGGGCAACCGGCGUGGAGCUGGACCUGGAGUUCUCAGCAGAUGGUGUCCCAAUACUUAUGCAUGAUGACACUGUGGACCGCACCACUGACCAGUCCGGACCACUCAGCCAGAUGAGUUUCUCCGAAUUGAGUAAACUGGACGCAGCUGCUAAACAUCGACUCAGGGAGAAGUUUGCCGGAGAGAAGAUUCCGACUCUGGAGGAGGCAGUGGAGGAGUGCAUGAAACUCAAACUCACCAUCUAUUUUGACGUCAAAGGUCAUCCAGAUGAGGCAGCCGCAGCCCUUAAAAAAUUGUACAAGAAACAUCCUGUUCUCUACAACAGCAGCAUCGUCUGCUCGUUUGAGCCUAAAGUCAUCUACAGGAUGAGACAGAGUGACCCAGAUGUGGUCACAGCACUGACCCACAGGCCAUGGAUUCUGAGUCACUUGGGAGAUGGUGCCCCACGUUUUUCGUCACUGUGGAAACACCACUGGAUGAUACUCAUGGACGUUGUGUUGGAGUUCGGGCAUCAUCACGUGCUGUGGAAGCUCUGUGGCAUCUCAGCAUUCCUGAUACAAAAGAACUCUGUAUCACUGGACUACGUGCAGCACUGGGCUCAGCGAGGGGUGGAGGUUGUAGCCUGGACAGUCAACACAAAGGUGGAGAAAGACUUCUACCAGGAGGUGCUACAAGUCAACUACAUCACCGACAGCCUGGUGGAGGACUGUGAACCUCAUUACUGACACUCCCAUGAACAAAACACACACUCGAAACAAAGACGCACAUACAAACGUACAUUUCUCAGCAACCUCGUGUAGAAGGAGGUAAGAGAACAUACAAUUAUGUGUUAUUUUCAUGCACACGUCAAACUGUUCCAACUCGGUGCCAGACUAAAUAACAAGAAUGAUGUUUUAUUGUUAUGAUGAAUUCACUGUAACAUAUUGAUGCACCGGCAUUUAUCAGCAUAAUAAUACAUAUAUUUCUGUGAUAUCUGCCCAUAAUAGACCUUUAUCAAAUGUAUUUACCAGCUCAGGAAUGCAGUGAUUUGUUUUCUUUGCCUUGACAGUAGUGUCUCUUUACUGUAUAUGCACCUUGUACUGUGUGUAUUUCAUACCCUACGAACAUAGACUGUAAACAAAAAUGGACGUAGUCUUCUGGUUUUAAAAGUGAAGUCCAGGAAGUAGGGUUUAAACCACUGGUUUAAAAAAAAAAGAAAUCAGUUUUAAUGGAAAUCUCACUUGAUUUAUAACGUCAGUAAACAUUUUCCAAAGGA